CAGGAGUGCAGAUGCUUGCCCAGCUGGACCGAGCGUGGUGAGUGCACGUCGCCUUCAGGAAUGGCUGAAAAAGCCCGCACCUGGAGACCCCUCCCUCCCUGUCCCUCCACGGCAGGUCGCAUUUGGUCUCUCCGGUCAUCAGAGGAAUGAGCAAUUCCCCGGCUCGCGGCACUUGGAGAACAGCAGGCAAGGAUGGAUGUGGUCGACAGCCUUCUCGUGAAUGGGAGCAACAUCACCCCUCCCUGUGAGCUGGGAAUCGAAAAUGAGACGCUCUUCUGCUUGGAUCAGCCCCAUUCUUCCAAAGAGUGGCAGCUGGCUGUGCAGAUCCUCCUGUAUUCCUUGAUAUUCCUGCUCAGCGUGCUGGGAAACACCCUGGUCAUCACGGUGCUGAUUCGGAACAAGAGGAUGAGAACUGUCACCAACAUCUUUCUGCUCUCCCUGGCCGUCAGCGACCUCAUGCUCUGCCUCUUCUGCAUGCCGUUCAACCUCAUCCCCAACCUGCUCAAGGAUUUCAUCUUCGGGAGUGCUGUUUGCAAGACUACCACCUACUUCAUGGGCACUUCGGUGAGCGUAUCCACCUUUAAUCUGGUGGCCAUAUCUCUGGAAAGAUACGGUGCAAUCUGCAAACCCUUACAGUCCCGGGUCUGGCAGACAAAAUCGCAUGCUUUGAAGGUGAUCGCCACUACCUGGUGCCUCUCCUUUACCAUCAUGACUCCGUACCCAAUUUAUAGCAACCUGGUGCCUUUUACCAAAAAUAACAACCAGACCGCAAACAUGUGCCGCUUCCUACUGCCGAAUGAUAUGAUGCAGCAGUCCUGGCACACGUUCCUGUUACUCAUCCUCUUUCUUAUUCCUGGAAUCGUGAUGAUGGUGGCCUAUGGAUUAAUCUCUCUGGAACUUUACCAAGGAAUAAAAUUUGAUGCUAUCCAGAAGAAGUCUGCUAGGGAAAGGAAACCGAGCAGCAGCAGCGGCGGCGGCAGGUACGAGGACAGCGACGGCUGUUACCUGCAGAAGCCCAGACCCCGCACCCGGCUGGAGCUGCAGCAGCUGUCCAGCAGCGGGGGCGGCAGCAGAGUCAACCGCGUCAGGAGCAGCAGCUCGGCGGCCAACCUAAUGGCCAAGAAGCGGGUGAUUCGCAUGCUCAUGGUCAUCGUGGUCCUCUUCUUCUUGUGCUGGAUGCCCAUCUUCAGCGCCAACGCCUGGCGGGCCUAUGACACGGCCUCAGCCGAGCGCCGCCUCUCCGGGACCCCCAUUUCCUUCAUCCUCCUGCUGUCCUACACCUCAUCCUGCGUCAACCCCAUCAUCUACUGCUUCAUGAACAAACGGUUCCGCCUCGGCUUCAUGGCCACCUUCCCCUGCUGCCCCAACCCUGGUCCCCCAGGGGUGAGAGGGGAGGUGGGAGAGGAGGAGGAAGGCAGGACCACGGGGGCCUCCCUGUCCAGGGGAAGUCGACGGAGGCUGGGGCCCGCACUCGGUUUCUGGGCGACUGGAGGCAGGAAAUGUUCAGUGACAUUCACCAUCAGAAAAACCUCCACAUGCCAGUAACAGGAGUCCAGCAAGGCUCAUGUUACAAAUGCAACUGCCAAACACACGUUCAAAAUGGCGAUGCGGACCCUAUUUAAGCUCUAGAAGUCUCCAGAACAUCCAAGGUGAGCGAGCUCUCACUCCCCAUAGGGACACACUUCUAUGCUCUGCCUCACCUGCCCACGCAGGACUGUGGAGGCUGCUGUCCUCCGUCCGGAGAGUCGACGACUCACAUACUGUACCCAACCGUCUCACCACCAUCACAAAAGGUAACAUGAAACAGAGACUCUUCUGGCCAACAGCCUGGCUCUUUCUUUUUGAGGUUGGUGAAGGACAUUCAGAGACACAACCUUACGCUAUCACUGUCAUCAAAACAGCAAACGGAUUGUUGUCUAAAAGAUGGAAUUUGGAAUUUAUGUCUCUAAAAAAGAAAAGGGAUGGUGGCAAAUAGCUGGAUGGAGUGCUAUCCUCCCAUAGUGAAUAUUUAAGAGCCAGAAGGUACAUAGACAUUUUUUUUGCUACUUUAAUGGCCUGUAUUAUAUUGAACCCCGUGGCUUCUUUGCCUCAGCUUGAUUUCCCAUAUUCAUCUGGCAUUUCCUCCCUUCCAGAAAGACUCCAGGUACAAAGGUGAGUUGUAACCGAUGUGUUCCUGUCCAAGGGAGGAAACAGAAACAUGUAUAGUCAGUCCCAGAAUAAACACUGGCAUGCUUGGACUCCAUUCUCAAAUAGCUUUGAGUGUCAAAGCUGUCUGUGCCAUCAAAUACAAUCUGUGCAUUUGUUAAUAAUUGUAUUAAUUUUAUGUAUAAGUAUAAAGCAAACAUAUAAGUAUGCUCUUCACAUAGAAGUAUAUUCUUUGGUGUUUAAAAUAAGAAAAAACGAGUAGGAAUGGAU